AUGUCCGAAUCCAACAGCAAAAAGGUCUUCUUGAUCGGUCCUGGCUACAUUGGCCUCGAGUUCAUGGACCGACUGCUAGAGAACGGGUAUAUCGUUACAACUUUGGUCCGCCGACAAGAAGCAGCAGAAGAACUAAGGCACAAAGAAAACGUCGAUGUGGUGAUGGGUACAAUUGAUGAUUCGGACCUCAUUACCCAGCAAACCGCACUUCAUGAUAUUGUCAUCCACACCGCUACGGCCGACCAUCUACCCUCUGUGCAAGCAGUCAUCAAAGGAAUCGAGCAAAGAGCCGCUGGAGACAAACACACCUUCUACAUCCACACAAGCGGCUGCAGCUUCCUCAGCGACGACAGCCACGGCGAACAUGGAAGCGACAAGAUCUACACAGACACCAACCCAGCAGACCUCGACGCACGACCAGAAUCUUCUUCGCAUCGAGAAAUCGACCUUGCCAUUCUCGCCGCCCGCAACAAACUAGGCAUGAAAGCAAAACUGUUCAUCAUACUACCUCCUUUGAUCUACGGUGCUUCAAGCCAUGGAAAGUUAUCCAUUCAAGUCAUCACCAUGGCUCGCUUCGCCCUCAAACACAAGUAUGCAGGCUACGUGGGUGGAGGCAAGGGAAUCUGGGGUUUGAUACACGUCAAAGAUCUCUCUUACGGCUAUGCCACCAUCCUCCAAUGGCUAGAAAACUCUCCCGAGACCGUAAGCCUGGAAAACCCCUAUUUCUUCUGCGAAAACGGAACAGAAGCCACUUGGGCCGAGUGCGCAGGCUUCAUCGGCAAAGAAUUAAAGGCAGUUGGAAAAAUUGAGGAUGCUUCACCGCGAGAGAUUCCGUCUGAACAGUAUAAUGAUCUGUUUGGCAAGUACUCGGAUGUGGUUAUUGCGAGCAAUGCAAGAAACAGAGCUGAGAGAUUGAGGCAGCUGGGUUGGCGACCAAAGCACACGGAUAUCCAUCAAGCGUUUAGAGAUGAGGAGUUGCCGAUUUUGCUCAAGGAGACUGGCGAGUUCAAUGGGUAUGCGAAGGAAGCGGCAUCGGGUUCUGGCUGA